UUUUGAAUAUACACACACAUAUAUAAUAUUAUAUACUUGUGUAUGGGGGGGUGAAGAGACCUCACAUAGCCCAGGCUGAGCUUGGACUUGCAGUAUAGGUGAGGACGACCUUGAACUCCUAAUUUUCCUCUGUCACAGGUGCUAGUAUUACAAAGCUUACGCUACCUCACCUAGUGUAGAGCCUACAUUUUUUUUUCCCCAUACAGGGUUUCUCUGUAGUCAUGGCUGUCCUAGAACUCACUCUGUAGACUACACUGGCUUUAAACUCAAUUAGCUUGCCUCUGCCUCCCAAGUGCUGGGAUCAAAGGUGUGCACCAAGCUGAACCUGCACUUUUAGAAAAGAUCUUUAAUGUAUUGCAUGUGUGUAUGUAUGUCUGGGUAUGCAUUUGUCUUGGUGCCCUAGUAGAGGUCAGAGGACAAUUUAAUCUCGUGGGUUCUGGGAUAGAACUCAGCGGUAAGAAUUGUUUGGUGUUUUGGCUAGACUAGCUGGUUGGCUGGCUGUUGAAUUCGUGGGAUCUGUCUGUCUCUGCUGCUUGAUGCUGGGAUUUCAGGCUUGUGAGGCCAUGCCUGGCUUUUUUAGGUAGGUGCUGGUCAUUCACACUCAGAUCCUUAGGUUUGCAGAGCAAACUCUAUUACCUACUGAGCUGUAAACCUAGUCCAGUAUGCUCCUCUUUGUACUUAACUGUCUUCCAUCAGGGUUGGGAAAGUUCUGGGAACUGUGAGGCUUUACAGAAAGGAGCCAAGUAGCCUGCCUAUGCCUCUCUGCCUAUAACAAAGCGAAACAUGUUUUCUGCUCUGUUUAUUCUCUUUUUAGCUGGCUUCAGACAAGUUCCUUGACAGUGACAGCUAGCUUCUUAUGAAAACAUGAUUUUCUGUAUGUAACAUUUUAAUUGUUCCUUUUGUACAUGAUGGACUAAUUUGAUACCAAAGUUCAGCCCUCAGGAUAUUGUUCAGUGAGGUAACUGUUCACUCGGGAGUUUCUGAUAGCCAGCCUAUAAGCAACAAACAGUUGGCCUUUAGAGAUGGCUGUAGAUACUUAUCUGUAUUGUCAAGCUUGAGUUAGAAGGAAAUAAAUAUUUGAUUCUGUUUAUAAGUUUUUUUUAAGGGUCACCUAUAUCUUGUUUCUGAUGGAUUUUAGUGACUUAUUUAGAGAAUCAGGAUUUUAUAAGAUUCUGGAAUGGUAAUUAUAGUUGCAUUUUCUAUUUCAACUGAACCUGCAGUGAUUUCAUUUCAUAAAUAUUAUCUACAACUCUAUAGAGUAACAGCUCCAUGUACUGAGGUCUGUGUUUAGAAAUACCUAACGUGAAGGAUAUGGGAUGGGGUGGUGAUGGGGUCUCUGUGACCACCGUGACCUGCAGAAUAAUGAUUGUGAGAGGCAGAGGCUCAGUGUUGGUUCAGCGUUGGAGUCUGACUCACAGGAGUCACAGCUCACCUCUUACUGAGUCAAUCCUUCAUUGUCAUGCUGCUGCAUCGUCUCAGUCACUUCGUGAAGUAGAUGCUAACUUUGCUCUACAGACUCAGAGGAUGAAGUUCAGGGUCCUGUCCUGGAUAAUCUGCCUGGAAUUAAACCUAAAAUGAAUUAAACACAAAGGUAUAGGAAUGGAAGUAGAGCGCUGUCCUCCUCCUCUGCUCUAGCCGAGGCCUCUGUGGGCUGGGUCACUGCACCCGUCCUGUGAUGACAUCAUACUCUCUUAACACGUCUUCUGGUGCUCAGGAGCCAUCCUCAGCUGCUGGUCCACCUUGUCUUUGAGCGACGAGUCAGUUAGGACGGCCCAGGGGUGUGUACUCUUGUCUGUCUGUCCCCUUCUCCCUGGUGCUGGGGACCAAACUCAGGUCCUGAUGCUGCCAGCACUUCUCAGACUCAGCCAUCCCCCCCAGAUCCUCACAACUGUAUUUGUUGUGAUUGUCUUUUCCCUCUAAUUUUGAGAUUGCCAGCCUUUUUUUCUUAACUUAAAUAUAAAGUUUACAGAGAAGUUAUAAGAAAUAGUAAGAUGAAAUCUCAUACACUGUUUUCAUACAUGGUUUUUUUUUUUGAAAUAGGAUCUCACGUCGUCCAGUCUGGCCUAAAAUUUUCUAUGUAGUUAAGGAUGACUUUCCUGACCUUUCUGCCUCUGCCUCUCAAGUGCCUGGGUUAUAGGCAUGUUACUUAGGCAGCAUUAGGGAUGGGUCCCAGCUUAUGCAUGGUAGGCAGACUCUGCCAACUGAGGUGUUUCCCUAGCCUGGCAUUCCCGUGCUCUUCAGUGAGAAGCAUCUGUUGUUAACAUGUUCUGUGUUUUUUACCUAUGUAUUCUGUUUGUAUGUGUUUGUGUAUGCAUAUUCUUUGCUUUCUGAGCCCUUUGAGAAUGAGUGGCAGACAUAAUGUUCUUUAAUACUGAAGUAAUUCAGUAUUGCCUAAAGUUUUUUAUCUUUAAAAACAUUAUUAGGGUCCUGCAGCUAGAAAUAGCAUUUCUAUUCUGGUGUACCUUCAGUAGACAAUACCAGAGAACGGUGAUAUGAGUUAGUGCUAGACCUAGAGCAAGCAUUUCCUUUGGAGUGGAAUGUCUUUGCCAUCAGUGUUUGCCUUUCUUGCCUUUGUUGUUUUUUGGUCGUGCCUUUAGUUUCUGACAUACCUAACUAGUGUGAGAGCUUACUGCUUUCCCUACAUAAUGCUGCCAUUCAGAGCCUAUGAAUCCUUUCUGCCACUGUCUGUCUUUCCUUUGCUCUCUGUGCUUGGGCAUGUGUCCUAGGGCAGGCAGGGCUUCAGUGAGUGCCUCACGUGGAUAUUGAACCCCGCCUGCCUGCCAAGUUCCUUCUGCUGUGAGCCAAGUGGAGGGUUGGCGCUUGUCAUUCCUUUGCAGCAGUUGAGCUGAAGGAAUGCUGCACGGCUUGUCGGAAGGUGCUUAGUGGCCUUGAGUGUAGUGCUCACGAGGGAUUUGUGGAGAAGUAAGGGUCUUACAGUCUUGUUGGAGAUGUGGGUUCCUCCUGGUUCUCCAUUAAUCAACAAACAAUAGAUGCUGAUAGUCUUUAUGAUGGGGACUUUGGGGAUACUGUGAUAAGAUACAUAAUUAAGUGACAAAUAUUACAGCCACUCAAUUCCAGCUCUGCCACAUACCAGUUAGGCGAGUUGACGUCUUUAAGUCCCUGUUUGUUUUCUGUAAAGCUGAAGUACUUGUGUCUACCUGAUGGCUAUUGUGAAGAUCAGAUAAAGGGUGUCGUGUAGCGUCACCAUACACUGGAUACUAGACAGUGUUCUAGCUUAUGUAGUCACAUGAUACAUGACUGAUACUGUAUGAGACAAAAGGAAAAUAAUAAGAACAUAGUAAAUAGAAUGACUAUAACAUAUAACUCAAUACUUUAAUUGUGGCGUGUGCAUUCUGAAGAUUAUAAAUAACUCAGGAAUGUAGAGAAGGGGAAGGAUAGUCUUAUGCAAUCAAUUAAUAUUCCUGUGCCUCAGCUUUUCUACUGGACACACUGAGGACACCAUCAGAUCUAGUCUUCAAAUAAUGAUUAAAACCUCAAAGAAUUUUUCUUUUUGUUUGUUUGAUUGAAGCAGGGUUUUGAUAUGUAGUCCAGGCUGUUCUGGAGCUCACCAUGCCUCUCCUGCUGAUUUUAAUUGUUGUUGUUGUUGUUUGCUUUUUGUUUUAGGCAGGGUCUCACUAUGUAACCCUCGCUGACCUCACUAUGUGGACCAUGUUGGCCUUUAUCUCCCAGAGAGCUGCCUGCCCCUGCUCCUGAGUGCUGAGAUUAUGUCACCACACUCAGCCUUUUGAGCAUUUUCUUUUUAAUUUGUAUAACUUUUUUGAGAUAGUCUUGCUUUAGGCUCAGCUGACCUCAGACGUAAAUCUCUGCCUUGCCUCUUGGACACUGGGAUAGUGGCGCCUGCUCCGACACCUGGCCCAUCUUUGUGUGUGUGUGUGUGUGUGUGUGUGUGUGUGUGUGUGUGUGUGUGUGUGUGGAUUUUAAAGGGAGGCUUGAGAUGUGAAAUUCAGCACUUGGGCCAGGUGUGGUUACACUGUGUAUCAUGUGAGCACUGUGACAGGGAGGAGGGUUGCUGCAGGUUUGAGCUCACAGAAGGAAGUAAGUUCCAGACCAGCUAGGACUACACAUUAAGACCCCAUCUCAAUAGACGUGUGAAUCAUUGAGAUGACUCAGAGGGUAAGGCAUUUGCUGCCUAACCUAAUGACCUGGGUUUGGUACCGAGAAAUUACCUGACGGAAGGAGGGAACUGACUCCUGAAAGUUGUGCUGGACAAGGUUGACACACACCUUUAAGCCUAGUGCUCUGAGUUUGAGGCGAGCUAGGUCUACAUAGAGAGUUCAGGCCAGCAUGGUGAGACCCUGUCUCUCAGGUGCUUCCUGAGGGAAGCUAUUUGACUUGAUAAUACUCACUGUUGCCUCACAGACAUUUUGGUUAGUUGAAGCCAAAGAUUGGUCAGUGGAUGACCUCUUGUUCUGUGCCCCUGUAGAUAAUUUCAAGAUUAAGUGAUUUAUAACUCAAAUUAUUUAUCUGCUCCUCUGGCAAAAUAUUAAUUAAUCAAAUCAGUCAAACAAGGCAACAGAUAAGACAGAAAGGACUGGAUAUUGAGGACAUGUGGUCUAGUGACCACUAGGGAUUCUCUGGGAUGGAGCCUCAUUUCGCCAGAAUGGAGUCCAGACUGCUGAUGCACUUCCCACCUGUAACUAGGAUUCCAUAAUCGUGCAUGGACGGCGCCUUCAAAAACGUGCUUUAAUACCAACACCCAGAAGACAGGCUUCCUUGCUUGGUGUUUGCUGUCUCAGUGAUUUUGUUGUUUUUGUUCUUUCUUGGCUUCAUUCUGGAAAGUUUGUGCUUGACUUUUAUUUUAGUCCAGUUCAGCUUUCAUCUUUAAAAUUUAAGAGAAGUUUUCCAUGAAAGUGAAGCUGUCCGCAUUUCUUUUUUACUUUUUUUUUUGGCAUUUCCCUUUUUUGUUUCUGGUCACCCCCCACCCCCACACCCUCUCUCUCUCUGCAUUGUUUGUCAAGGUUUCAAGUUUAUACUGAGAGCUCUCAGGCACAGCUGGCUAUUCUGGUCUCAGAAGAAAAGAGAAGAGGCUUUCUGAAGGUCUGGUAGAGAGGAGAGAAGGAACUUGGAAUACAGCUGAAAGGUGGUGUAGCGAAACAGCAGCAGCAGUCCUACCGAGAAAGGACCCAGACGACGUCUCCGCUGGUUAGAGCUUGUCUCUAGAAGAUGGUGAGCCACGGCACCAAGGGGAUGAGGAGUGCCUUGGGUUCCUGCGCCUUCCUUCAGUCUUCAGUCCUCCAGAAGCACUAUAAAGAGGGCUGAAGAACAAGCUUGCUUGGUCCCGGACGCUGUUGUCUUGAAGAUUCCGUCUGUCCCACCAGGACUUUAGGGAGGCAGUUUCAGCAACAGAGAAGGAAGCAGGACUUAAGGACGUCUCUACAUUGGUCGUGUGCCUAGUUACAUUUUGAACAGUGGGCGGGUGAAGGGCAGCUUUGGCACCUGGCUCUAAGGAGACACCUGAAUUCCCUGAGUUUACAGAUGUGAUGUUUGAGGACUGCAAAAGACACAGGUCCCUUGCCAAAAAGAUAUAAAGCCUCCUUUCCCCCACUUUUGGGCUAAUGUGAACAAUAAUGUCUUGGAAAAGAAAUUACUUUUCUGGAGGCCGAGGUAGCGUUCAAGGAAUGUUUGCACCUCGGAGCUCAAUGUCUAUUGCCCCCAGCAAAGGCCUCAGCAAUGAGCCAGGGCAAAACAGCUGCUUCCUCAAUAGCGCGCUACAGGUUUUGUGGCACUUGGACAUCUUCCGCCGCAGCUUUCGGCAGCUCACAUCUCACAAGUGCAUGGGCGAUUCCUGCAUCUUCUGUGCGCUCAAGGGCAUCUUUAAGCAGUUCCAGUGCAGUAGUGAAAAAGUGCUUCCUUCUGACACUCUCCGUAGUGCUCUGGCGAAGACUUUCCAGGAUGAACAGCGUUUCCAGCUGGGGAUUAUGGAUGACGCUGCAGAAUGCUUUGAAAACCUCCUGAUGAGAAUUCACUUCCAUAUCGCGGACGAAACCAAAGAGGAUAUAUGUACUGCUCCACACUGCAUUUCCCACCAGAAGUUUGCGAUGACGUUGUUUGAGCAGUGUGUGUGCACGAGCUGCGGUGCCACCUCUGACCCACUGCCCUUCAUCCAGAUGGUGCACUACAUCUCCACCACUUCCCUUUGUAACCAGGCCAUUUGUAUGCUGGAAAAGCGGGAGAAACCUUCACCGGGUAUGUUUGGUGAGCUGCUUCAGAAUGCCAGCACCAUGGGGGACCUGCGGGACUGUCCGAGCAACUGUGGGGAGAGAAUUCGGAUCCGCCGUGUGUUGAUGAAUGCACCACAGAUUAUCACGAUUGGGCUGGUUUGGGACUCAGACCAUUCCGACUUGGCAGAGGAUGUCAUCCACAGUCUGGGCACCUGCCUUAAGUUGGGUGAUCUGUUUUUCAGAGUGACAGAUGACCGAGCCAAGCAGUCGGAGCUGUACUUAGUAGGAAUGAUCUGUUACUAUGGCAAGCAUUAUUCUACAUUCUUCUUUCAAACCAAGAUCCGAAAAUGGAUGUAUUUUGAUGAUGCUCAUGUCAAGGAGAUUGGUCCGAAGUGGAAGGACGUGGUGACCAAAUGCAUUAAAGGGCACUAUCAGCCCUUGCUGCUGCUCUAUGCAGAUCCCCAGGGUACCCCCGUGUCUGCCCAGGACCUGCCUCCCCACGCUCAGUUGCUGUCACACACCAAGACAUGCUACGACAGUGAAGACUCAGGGAGGGAGCCUUCCAUCUCAAGUGAUACUCGAACAGAUUCCUCAACGGAGAGCUAUCCCUACAAACAGUCUCACCAUGAGUCUGUGGUCAGUCACUUCUCUUCCGAUUCUCAGGGGACAGUCAUCUAUAAUGUGGAGAAUGAUUCCAUGUCUCAGAGCAGUCGGGACACAGGACACCUGACUGACAGUGAAUGUAAUCAGAAACACACAACGAAGAAAGGGCCCCUGGUGGAGCGCAGGAGAGGCUCUGGCCGCAUUCGGAGGAAAGCUGAUGCCCCACAGGCCUCAGGCUAUCACAGUGAAGGAGAAACACUGAAAGAGAAGCAGGCUCCUAGGAAUGCCUCCAAAUCCAGCAGCACCAGCAGGCUAAAGGAUUUCAAAGAGACAGUCAGCAAUAUGAUCCACAGCAGGCCUUCCUUGGCUUCUCAGACCAAUGCAGCAUCUCCCUGUGUAGGCAGGGCAGGAGACCAGCCAGACAAGAUACCAGCAAGGAACUUACCUCUACACUCUCGGGGCUGGGAAACGGAGAGUACCAGCAGUGAGGCAAGAUCCAGUUCUUCCAGCAAAUACCGCCCAACAUGGAGACCUAAACGAGAAUCCCUAAAUAUUGACAGCAUUUUCAGUAAGGACAAAAGGAAGCAUUGUGGUUACACCCAGCUUAAGACCUUUCCUGAAGAUGCAGCUAAAGAAUUUGCACAAGAUGAAGUAAGCAAUCCAGUUGCUAACGAUAUUAAAGAUGGUGGACCAAGCUCACAGCAUAAACUCUGGGGAACAGCCAGGCCAGGCUCUCAUCUUUUAGAACAGCAUCCUCGACUAAUCCAGCGGAUGGAAUCUGGCUAUGAGAGCAGCGAGAGGAACAGCAGCAGCCCUGUCAGUUUGGAUGCUGCCCCGCCUGAAUGCUUGAAUGUCUACAGGGAUCAAAGCACAAAGAGAGCUGUUGGGUUUGUUCCUUCUUGGCGUCAUAUCCCAAAGUCUCACAGCAGUAGCAUCCUGGAAGUGGACUCCACAGCACCCGUGACUGGCUGGACAGAGACCCAACCUUUCUCAGAUGGGGAGAUCACCUCUAAAAGUGAGUUGGAUGAACUUCAGGAAGAAGUGGCCAGGCGGGCCCAGGAACAGGAACUUCGAAAGAAACGGGAGAAGGAAUUAGAGGCUGCUAAAGGCUUUAAUCCCCAUCCUAGCCGAUACAUGGACUUGGAUGAACUACAGAAUCAGGGGAGGAGUGACGGCUUUGAAAGGUCCUUGCAAGAGGCAAAUUCAGUAUUUGAAGAGUCGCUGCAUCUGGAGCAAGAGGGAGACUGUGCUGCCGCUCUGGCUCUCUGUAACGAAGCUAUCUCUAAACUAAGACUUACCCUGCAUGAUGCCAGCUCUAGCACGCACAGCAGAGCCCUAGUCGAUAAGAAGUUGCAAAUCAGUAUUCGAAAAGCUCGAAGCCUGCAAGAUCGCAUGCAGCAGCAGCCACCAUCGCAGCAGCCGGUGCAGCCCUCAGCCUCUCUCCCAUCACAGGGGGGCGGCCUCCCUCAGCCGACCAGUGAACAGUCUGUCCCGCUCCAAGUACUGCUAAGCCAGCAGACACAGCUGGAACCCUGCAAGGAUUCAGAGCUCGGCGCCACUUCCCCUUUCUUCCACUCACCUGCUUCCUGCCCUGAGCCACACUCAUCCCUCGUCUCACCGUCACCUGCUCAGUCUGUCUCUCAGCACAGUCCUCCUGGGACGUCUGCCUUGAAGCUCCUGAAGUCUUUUGAGGUGGAUAUCGUCAACCACUCUGCAUUUCACAGGCAGGAUUUACCUAAAGCAACAGGUAGAACUGAGAUGAAUUCUCAACAUGAAUGCCUGCCCUUUGAUGCCCUUGAAGAUAGGCUCCAAGGUCACAGGGAGGACAACAGCUGUUGUAGCAAAUUCCCACCCCAAGAAGGAAGAGACACAACUCAAGAUCAGCUGUUGGAAGGAAGGAAGACUCCUGUUGACAUAUCCAUGGGGAUGCCUUGGUCACAUUCAGCAGGAGGAGCUACUUCUGAGAGAGUUAUGCAUAGCCUAAACAGUCCUUCAAGUCCAUCAGCUCAGCCUGCUGUUCCCCCCUACGGUGCCUGCCACCCUAUAAUGUCUGCUGCUGCUUCACCUGUGCUUCAUGCUGCUGACCCCAUGCAGAAACUUAACCAACAUCUCCAAGCCCAAAGUCUCCAAACUUCAUUGGCUUCAAAAGUGGUCAGAGGCAGUGAGGAGCCCUAUAGGCCAGAGUUCCCCAGUACAAAAGGCCUUGUCCGCUCAUUGGCAGAGCAGUUCCAGAAGAUUCGGAAUACUUCCACGAGAGAUGUUAUAGGUUCCCAGGAUCGAAGUUUGCCAAAUGGUCUAAGGAAGAGCUCUUCUCCUUCUGACUUUAUGCUUCCAUUAUCCCAGGGUCCAGAAAAAGAACACUGUCGUUGGGUAAACCAGCCCCCUUCUCCAGAUGGCAGGGAAAGACAGCCCUGCUGGGAAGAACCUGCAGGGCAUCCUUCUGUUUCCAUUGACUCUGGGCUUCCUAAUGGUGAAGCCUCGAGGAGAAGACAGCCCAGACUGGCCGAGGCAGACAUAUACCAAGGAAAGCUACCCCAAGUGACAGAUACUAGGCCCACGGAGCUGGGCAGUAGUGUCAGCUUGGGGACUUCUUUGCCUUUGGAUUCUUGGGUAAAUGUCACAAGGCUCUGUGAUUCUCAAGUUAAACACAGGGCUCCUGGGCUAGGAGUCAAGUCCUCCUCCCAUGAUUCCCGUACAUGUGUAACCUAUCCAGAAAGAAAUCCUAUCCUUUUGCAUCCACACUGGAACCAAGACACAGAGCAGGAGACGUCUGAACUGGAGUCUCUCUACCAAGCCAGUCUCCAGGCCUCCUCUCAUACUGGCUAUUCUGAUUGGAGGUCACAGGAUGUGGCCUGGCAGCCACUUAGCCUAACAGGUUCUGCAGAUGGCAUGGGGAGGAGACUGCACUCAGCCCCUGGUCUUGAUCUUUCAAAGACUCCAACAGCAGAAAUGGAGCGCAUUCUUUAUGAACCGAGUACAGUGCCUGUCUCUCAGGAUUCAUCAAACGUGAGGAAAAAGACUUUGGAAACCGGGCACCAUUGUUCCAGCUCCUCUUCCCUCCCUGUCAUCCAUGAUCCUCCUGUAUUUCUCCUUGAUCCUAAACUCUACCCUCCCCAACCACAGUUCCUGUCCCCAGAUGUCCUGAUGCCCAGCAUGGCAGGGGAGCCCUAUAGAUCCCCAGGAACUUCGAGGAGUGUCCAACAGUUUCUGGCUAUGUGUGACAGGGAUGAAACUCCCCAAGGGGUCAAGUACACAGGAAGGACUUUGAACUACCGAAGUCUACCUCAUCGUUCCAGAACUGAUGCUUCCUGGGGACCAGGGACAGAAACCAACCAGCACAUUGGGGCCAGAGUCUUAACUGCGCCAGCAUGCAAGCCUCAGCUAACCUACACUGCCACACUACCAGAAAGACACCAGGGCCUUCAGGUUCCUCAUGCUCAGUCCUGGGGCAAUCUUUUCCACUUACCCUCCCAUCCUUCUGCUGUUCACCCAGGGUCCCCACCAUCCAGCAGUCUUCAUGUACUCCAUAGGUCAUCUUGGAAUUCGGGUUCUGUUCUGGGGUCCCGAACACCUGGUCCUCGACGAAUAGACGUGCCCCCAGAUGAUGACGGGAGACAGAGCCAAUACCCCUCUCAGUAUAGACACAGGAGUGCAGGGGAGGAGAGAGUUAGGUUUGCUCUGUCAAACACUGCGGGCACAGAGCAGAGCAGGGUGAGACUGCUACAGCACAGCAGGUGGUAAGAGCUACCCCAACCUGCCCUGGGGCCACACCUCCUCUAGAACCUGUAUGGUGGCACAGUGGUACCUUGAGUCCUGCCAGUUAUGCCAUUCUUGUCUCAGCGUCGACUUGGUCAUUUCCCGCCAGGCAUUGCGCCUGCAAUCCCCGAGGUCCGCAGUUGAAGGUAGAGGCUGCACAGUCGCAUUUCCAGGCCAGGAACUCUGGGUAAAAAGAGACCAUGGGUCUUUCUCUUUUUUCCGUUUCUUUCUUUUUAAAAAAAGAACAGAACCACGACAACAAAAAAGAUGUUGAUUUUUUUUCCUAAAGGUGUUUGCUUCUUUGGGAUGGAAUAUUUGAAAUUCCAGCUUUAGCGCUGGGGAUGUAGCUCAGUUGGUAGAGGGUUUUCUUAACACGCAAAUCACCGGGGUUCUAUCCUAGCAGUGUGUGAAACCGCAUGGUGGUGCACACCUGUCACCCUGGCACUUGGGAGGUGGGGGUAGGAGGAUCAGAGGUUCAGAUUCAUCCUUGGCUACAUAGCAAGUUCUAGGCUUGUCUGGGCUACUUUAUUUCUGGUUUCUUUUAGCCCCCAUCUCCAUCAGAGCCCUCAACUCCUGGCCCUACUAUAUUCCCAACUUAUACUCCUUGUUUAUCCACCUGUCCAUAUUACCUAACUCCCUUCCCCAUCUCCUGUCAGUAGUCAGGAUUCUGAUCAUGUUCUUAAGGGAAGCUCAGCUGCCCAGGUGUGGCCUGUCAGCCUUCCUCGUGACUCAGACCAUAGGCCUGGAGUGGGGAGCUGCCAAUAGACUAUUUGCCCUUCUGAACAGGUGGCGUUGGGCACACUAACACUCCCUCCUGUCCUCAGCAGCAGAGCCAUUACUGCCACUUGCUCAGUCACCCUUAAACUCUCAAGAGUCAGCUAAACUAUUUUAGGGCAGAGCAUACUGUUUUUGUAAAGUAUUUUUCAUUAAUAAAUCUGUAAGAUAGUUGUAUUUAA